AUGCCCGUCCUAUGGCAAUCUUCCCAGAGGCCUAUGUACGUCCGCACCGUGUGGGUAGGCGACUUUAGACACGCAAUACUCACACACGACGACCCAUACCUUCUCAAGCUAAAGAGACGACGACCACACUCUUCAGCAAGCUGCAGCAUAAAUAAGUCUAAGAGCUCGAGGCUUAGCCAACAUUCAGACGAUUUACACAACUCCUUAAGGAAACUAAACCUUGUUAUCAGUAGUGGAAAGACCAGAAUCAGUAGCAGGCAGAGACCAGCCACUUCUUGUGAAGAAGUAGAAAAUUUAGAUUUGGAUGAUUUAGACCAAGACCAAGACUCGGAAAACGGGUUAAUAGUGAAAGCGAACAAGCAACCUAUAAUAGAUACGAAUCGCAGUAGCAGCGAUAGUGUCGAUUCUAAUAUGAGGCAUUUUAGAGCUAAUAAAACAGCCAGAGGAGAGGUUCAAGAGAACACGGAACUUUCUGAUAGAGUGUUGCAAUGGCUAGACUUAGCGGGAAAAAUUGAUUUAUUAGCACCAAAUAAUGUAGAAAGGAUGACGCAGCCACGGCACAGUUGGCCAGAACUGCAGCGUCGUCACAAUUUGGUUAAAUCAAAAACAACACUCGACAUUCGUAAAGAAGGUGGGCGAACAACACCAAAAGGAGUCGAUAUUUCAAAAGCGCAACAAAGUGCCAUUAUUGAUCGGCACGAUUUUUAUGUCCCGACGUCCGCAAACACGAUCGAGAACUACGCGCGACAGUCACGGAAUGCCAAGAUCACGCCACGGCACGAGACCAGCGCCAAAAUAAAAGACAAUCUCAACAAAACAAGAACCAGAGACUUAAGAACGAACGUAGUUGAGACGCGGCAAAAAGUUAUCAAUGAAAAAAAUGCUGUGGAAAAACAGUAUACGGAAAUGCUUAGCAAAAAGUUGAUACCAGAUGUAAGCAAAAAUCCUAAAAGACAAGUGCACAUAUUCAUGCCGGAUUUGCCAAAGAAAGUAGAAUCAACUAUUACUAGCAGACCAGAAAGCUUACUCUCUCAAACCUCUUAUAAAACGUUGAAAAAUAAAGUGUGA